AGUACCGCCUGCAAAGUUGCUCCAGAUCGCCGUCCUGGCAGCGCUGACAAAGCUUCCUGCAUCUGGACGAGCAGCAGCAGUGACCUCCCUGCUCCGAAUCCGCCUGCAGUCAGAAACAACUUCCCAAGUUUCAGCGGGAUCUGUUUUUUUUUGAACACUUUUCUGCAUGUUGUUGUCUUUUCUUCCCCCGCUUCACUCCUCCUCCUCGAAUCUCCCUCCCUUCACUCCUCCUCCUCGCCCUCCCCCUCAUUUUCCUCUCUUUAGUCGGGACAGAAGAAAAGGAUCGUGUGAACAGCGAACAGAUCCAAAGAUAUUGUGUUAAGAAAAAGUAUUCGUUGGAGCAUUAAAGGGGCCUGUGUCUCCCAUGUUUGUUUGUCAGAAGGAAAUCACAGUAACACGAGAAAAAUUGAGUUCUAUCAUCUUCAUGAUGUAAAGUAGAUUUGAUUUAGUCCAAACAAAAGGAACCAAGUUUUUUUUAUUGCAAUCCAUUUUGGAAAGGGUGGUGUAAGGUUAAAGAAGCGAAAUCGGCGGACGAAAACUUGUCAAAAUUAUAUGCUGGGAGAUAAAAAUGGGGGAUUACAAUAUGCCCCCAAACCCAAAACACAGCGCGAUCGUGGAGAGGUUGAGACAACGGAUUGAGCUAUGUCGCCGGCACCAUGCAGUCUGCCAGGUCCGCUACGAGCAGAACCAGCCGCAGCGCAUCGAGCAAGAACGCAGGGACAAACUCGUACUGCACCAGAAGUACCUGGAAACACGCAGCAAGAAGACCCCCAAAGCCAAACAACAGCAGCAACAACAGCCCGAAAACAACCGGGCUCCCAAAAACUGCGACAGUGAACUGUCUCCAGGACCUAAUGCGGCCAGUGAACCCAGAAACCUCACCCUCAUUGCUUUACAGGGUUCAAUAAAAAGAAAGCUGGAAGGAAAUGGUUCUCCCAUAAACAGCGAUAGACAAAAUGGCAUCUCCGAUGGGUCUUUCCAAAUGGCUAUUAAGAGAAUACGAGUGGAUGAAGCUGGUCUUGCAAUAGGCCAAAGUGGGCAUCAGCUCAGUAAUGGACAAGGUCAAACCAUGGAGGUUUCUGUCACAAUGGAACCCUCAAUAUCAAGAAAAGACAGCAGCUUGGUAGGAAGCACUCAAGCCAAGGAUAGUGACAUUAAUUCUGAUUUGAACUUGUCACUCAACAAAGAGAUGAAACAGGAGCGAGUGGAGAGUGUUUCAUGCACUGAGAACUUAAACAAUCAAAUCUCCAGCAACAGUAUGUUGUUUGAGCCCAAAGAUGAUCUAGGAAUGCAGCUGCUUGAUCCAGAUUUGCAGGAUUUAUUUGAUGAGCUGACAAAUAUGUCAGGUGUUCCUCCACUGAGUGAAAUUGAUCUGGAUAACAUGCUAAACCCCAGCAUUAGAAACGAAGAGUCAUUCAAUAUGGACCUUGGUCAGCGCAACCAGAGCAAUACACUGAAACCACAUUCACAGUUGGAAAAUCCAAAAGUUAAAACGGAAUACUCAUCUGGUUUUACCCAGGCAACAACAGGAUCACCCCAAAUCCGGCCUCCAUCCGUUGGGCCACCAUAUUCCAUCACAAAUACGACCAUGUCCACUCUUUCACCCAGUUCUUCAGCAACUCAAAGUCAAAGCCAACCACAGCAAUCCUUGCCUUCUGCAACAAACAAAACCCUGUCCAAUUGGCAUGACAUGUCUCAUGCACAACAGCUGAAAAAGAUUGCAGACAAUCAGCAACAGCACACCAUGCUCCAGCACCAGCAGCAAAGUCAGGCAGCUAGUUGGCCACCUGCUCCACAAUCAGGUCCUUCAUCAGGAAACUUUGUCCAGGAGAAAAUGCCCAGUCCAUCCCUCCUUCAACAGUCCUUCAACCCCCAAAAUUCUCUCCCCACUGGGGUGUCAACUAACAGCAGUAAGGCCAAAAACAUAAAUAAUUGCCUCUAUAAGGUCCCAACUGCAGCACAGACUAGCCACAUGGAUAUGAUAAUUCACCAGCAGCAGGCUCAUAGUAUAAAUCACAGCAUGAUAAAUACUAGGUCUGCAUCACCAGAUGAACUUUCGUAUAAUAAUACUAAGCCCUUGUCUCAUUUUGAUCCAGAGUUAGGCCAGAUCUCAUCAAUAUUGGCUUCCCAAAGCAAACCUUCUGUCUUACAUUAUACUCAGCAGCAGCCUUCAGCACCAGCGCAACAACCACCGCCACCAGCAGGUCACCUCCAAAAUCAAGCAUUGCAGCGGGCCCAGAGCAUACCAAUUGCACUGCAACAAAAAGUGCUGCUGCAGAAGAUGCAACAAAACCAACAGUCAUCAGGGCUGCAGUAUCCUCGGACUCAACACCGACAGGAUCAGAAUUCUCUGGUUGGACCAGGUCCAGGUCCAAGCCAAAUUUUGAAUACCUGUCCAAACCCAAAACCUGGCAACAGCUACAUUAACAAUUCACAACAAGCAACAAUAAAGCAUCAGUUGAUUGAGAAGAAACAGGUCAUGCAGCGACAGUUGCUGGAGCAUCAGAAACAGCUGCUUCUUCGUCAACAAAUCCUUGCAGAUCCGGAGAAAAUGAACACACAGGAUCAACUUAGCAGGCAUUUGACAAGACCACCUCCAGAUUAUAAAGAACAAAGGCGGAAUCUAGUUGGAAUUCCACAGCCAAAUCAGUUUGCAGGUGCUGCAGCUGCAAUGCCAUUGAACUCCUGUCAACCUCUGUCAAGCCCUGCUCCAAAUCAUCGCGGAGUGCCUUCAAACUCUAACAUUUUGCAGGUGAAUCCAGCAAGCAGCCAAGGACCUAGAAUGCCUCCUAUUUCAGGAACUCAAAGUGACAGGAGCACAGGAAUGUAUGGAAGUGUGUCGGCUUCUCAGCAGGGAGUAUAUACUGUGUCUUCCAGUAUUAAUCAAUUGCAGCAUCACACAAAUCAAAGUCAAAUGGGAAUGACACAGAACAAUAUAGCAGUGCCAAGGCAGUCAACCUUAGGUCAAGGAACUACAAUGUCAGGGUUUGGUACUGGGUCUGUUGGAAGUUCUGCCAUGUCUCAGCAGCAGUUAAAACCAGUUUUGAACCACAUAAACACCAGUAUAUCUGCACAGAGACUUACAAAUAUGAUGACCAACUCCACUAUGGCACCACAGAACUGGACAAUACCGGCAGUGCAGAUAACUCCAAAACAGACACAAUUGGGACUUAAUGUAAGAUUCUCUAAUAAUGCUUCCUUUCCAAAUCAAGCAGUUCAGCCCAACAUGUCCAGUCAACAUUUUGCUCAGCGAGGUAUGGCACAACCAAACCAACUAGCUCCUGGAGUUCCGAUGCGGCCUUUGAGUCAAGCUAUAAGUGCACAGACCAUAAGUUCACUGAGUGGGCCUUCCCCAAGAGUUAGUCAGCCACGGGCACAACCACAAGCUAUGCCUAUAAUGAAUCAGACAGCAGCAAGCCUGGCUGUGCAAAUAUUACCCACAACCAAUUUCCCUUCCACCAACCGGAAUCCUCAAGAUUACCAGGGAACAAAUCACAACAGUGAUUUGGCAUUUGACUUCCUCAACCAACAAGUUGACAAUACUCUUUCUGGACUCAGCAGUGACUCAGAUUUCCUUGACUCAUUGAUAAAAAAUAGCACUGGCAAUGAUGACUGGAUGAAAGACUUAAAUCUUGAUGAAAUUUUGGGGCAGCAUUCCUGAAAAACUUUGAGGAUUGUUAAAUGUUAUCCAUCUGUGGAGCAGUACUGAUAGACAGAAUUUAUCUGUGCCUGUAGCUAGUUGACAAAGCAUCCCACAGGAAUCGCUGUGCCCAACUGGAUACAGUUUGCUGAAUGGACGUGCACGAUAAAAAUAUACCAGUACAUCUUGAAGUGUAUAUUGCAAUACUCAAAAUAUAUAAAUGUAAUUGCUUAGAAAUAUAUUUUGUAAAAUAUGUUUUUAACU